AGCUCUACAUAUUUUACGAAAAAGAAAAAAAAAGGAAAGAAAAUUAAGUUGCCUGUGGUAUUGAUUUUUUAAAAUCGAUGUUAGAAAUGUUUUAAUGAUCCCCAUUAUGUAUAGAACUUACUUAAUGAAACCUUCCAUAUUUACUUCAGUAUGUUUGAUUUUCAUCUUGCUUGCUACGCUCACCGUGCGUGCGGAUGAAUCAAAAUUUCACCCUGCGACCGGUUCCCUAGAUCGCCAUGAGACAGUCACUGGAAAUUCGGAACAACAUUUGACUACGAGCCGUUCCGAUGUUCCGAAAGUCGGCUCUGCUGGUGUCCCUUCGCUUCUUGGCGAGCCCAGCGAACACUUAAACAAGAAUCACAAAUCUCAUCGUUACCAUGUAGCCACAGUUGAUUUUUCCAAAGUCUCAACUCCUUACAUCAUCAGCCUGUGGAUCUUCGUCGCUGGGUUAGCAAAAAUUGGUUUCUAUGUCACCCCUAAGAUCGGUCUCAUCUGUCCAGAAAGUUGUGUGCUUGUCGUGGUUGGAGUGCUCAUCGGCCUGUUGCUUUUCUUCACUGGAUUGGAGCAUGUUGGACCUCUCACGUCCGAAGUCUUCUUUCUGUACAUGUUGCCUCCUAUUAUUCUGGACGCUGGCUACUUCAUGCCUAAUCGUCUCUUUUUUGAUAACAUGGCAUCGAUUUUGAUGUAUGCUGUAGUUGGUACCGUUUGGAAUGCCUUGACCAUUGGAUUCUCUCUGUGGGGUGUCGGACUGACCGGUCUUUAUGGAAUGGACAUGCCUCUACUUGACACUCUCUUAUUCAGUUCUAUUGUCUCUGCUGUUGACCCCGUAGCUGUACUAGCUGUUUUUGAAGAGAUUCACGUAAAUGAAGUGUUGUAUAUUCUUGUGUUUGGAGAGUCCUUACUGAACGAUGCUGUCACAGUGGUUUUAUAUCACAUCUUUGAUGCAUACACAGAAAUGGGCCAAGAACAUAUCAUAACCAUUGACUACGUGUUUGGUGUGCUGUCUUUCUUCAUUUCGUCACUAGGGGGUGCAUUCGUUGGUGUUCUAUGGGGAUUACUGGCUUCUUUCCUGUCUCGAUUUACAUAUCGCGUGUUGAUUAUAGAGCCACUGUUUAUUUUUGUGUUUGGCUACCUGUCAUAUCUCACUUCUGAGAUUUUUCACUUGUCAGGAAUUGUGGCGCUAACAUUUUGUGGGAUGACAAUGAAAAACUAUGUGGAGGAGAAUAUAUCCUACAAAUCUCACAUUACGCUAAAGUACGCCAUGAAGAUGCUAGCGAAUACGUCAGAAACUAUCAUUUUUAUGUUCCUUGGAGUUUCAACUGUGACCGAUGAGCACGAGUGGAACACAUGGUUUGUCGUCAUGACUAUCCUGUUUUGUUCAAUUUAUCGUUCGAUAGGUGUUGUGAUCCAGACAUGGUUUUUGAAUUAUUUCCGGCUACACAAGGUGAACAAGGUAGAACAGUUUAUCAUGGCAUAUGGAGGACUCCGUGGAGCUGUGGCCUUCGCUCUAGUCCUUGUUGUCUCAGAGGACCACAUUCCUUCUAAGAAAAUGAUGGUUACUACAAUCAUAGCUGUCGUAUAUUUCACAGUUUUCCUUCAGGGCAUGACGAUUGGGCCUCUAGUGAGAUUUUUAAGAGUUCCUAAAAGCAAUAAAACCAAACCUACAAUGAAUGAAAGAGUACACACCAUAUCAAUAGACCAUUUAAUGGCAGGGAUCGAGGAAAUUGUAGGCCAUCUGGUGGGAAAUCGUCACCUUCGCGAUAAGUUUAAAUAUCAUAACAACAAAUUUAUCCGACCACUCCUCACACGUAAUCAUCAAGUCAGAGAGCCGAAGAUCUUCGAGACGUAUUCCAAACUGAAUCUGGCAGAUGCGAUAAACCUCGUGAGUCAGAAUGUUAAUGUUAGAGGCAAAGACCCGAGUAUUUCCUUGGCAUCUUUAAUUAGAACAUAUAUACAGAAUAACCUUGGAAAUUGUUCUGAUGAGCCUAUUCGACAUUCAGACAACGUUUUUUCUCGGGACGAGUUAAAUUUAUUGAACUUAGACAUCAGUGAACUAGAUUACUCACCAACUUAUAAGGACCUAGCUGAUGCGGAACUCCACCAUAAUCUGUCCGACUUGAUGUUUAAGCCAGUAAAAAAGACGGUUCGUCGGUACAGUCGUGACUUAAUUGAUGAAGAUACUCCUUUUCACCAUAAGAACCGCAUGGAGCUCCGUCACCAUCAAAACCAAUUACAGAAUGUACGCGCUCGUAACAAGAAGAAAAUGAAAAACGAUUCCAAGCAAAACAAAAACACUUUAUCUAGAUGGAACCUUUUGCCCGGUGAAUCUGAACGUUCGGAUAAAGAUGGAGCUUCUUUGAACAAUUCAGAAACUAUAAUCCAUAUGGAGAACUUAGACUCUUCUGAUAAACCCGCACCAUCUGGCGCAGUUACUUUUACAAUAGAAGAACAAAAUCAUACUACACUAUCUCAGGAUAUUUCUGAUGAAUCGGGAAUGAGUAGAAAUUCUUUUUCAUCUACACCUCUGUCAUCUCGUACAAUAACUGAAACAACAUUACCAUGGAAACGAGAAGAAGACUGCAAUGAUGAGAGCUGCAUUCGGAAACAGCUGGAGUUUCCUUCAUGGGUUGAAAACACAGAAUAUAAUACUUAUACCUCAUUAUCCAGCAAUGUACUGAAAAGAUCAAAUACUGAUGAUGAUGGUAACGAUCCGCCAGAUGUGUUUAGAUUGCUUCAGCUGAAAGAACUACACGAAAAGGAAAAAGAAAGUUCAAAAAAUCAACGACUAGAAACUGAUGAUAAAUUUAACAACAGUAAACCCCAUGAAGAAGAUUUCGAUGUUACAGCUGCUGGUGGUGGAGAGGUCCUUCAAGAGACUACCACUCGAGACACCAGUGAGAACCCUCUCGAACUGAGAAGACCUACGCCACUGAAGACAAACUGGAAGAAUCACAUGAGCUUGUGAUCAACAUCGACGAUGCCAAAAUGAUAAAAAGAACACUGUCAGACGAUUUUAACGUACUGAACAAGGUUUAAAAAUAUGGGAGAUACCGUAUUAAGAUGGUGAGAGAAUUGCUGAAACGACAAAAAUUUACCCAGGGUG